AAAAAAGUGUCCUAACCUCAUGUGACAGAACAACGUGAUUACAUUUUCUCUGCCACCGAGUGCAGAAAAAAAUACAGGUGUUUGUUUUUAGGGAAUAAUUUGUUUAAUUUAUAUGAUUUAUUCUUAUAAUUAUGGAUCACAAGGCUGAGCAGCACGAUGAGAUCGAGGCCCUCGACUCCAUUUACUCUGGAGAAUUACAGAUUCUAGAGACAGAACCUCAUUAUAAAUUUGUUCUGCCAAUAAAAUCGGAGGGGUAUGAAUCUGAUACAGAGGAUGGCCUUGCCUGUCAGCUGGAGUUCACGUACACCUCGAAAUAUCCGGAGGAGCCGCUGCUAAUUAAAAUUGAAAAUCCAGAGAAUUUCGAGAGUUUCAGUGAGCAAGAGUUGAUAGAUCACUUGAUGGAGCAGAUGAACGAGAAUCUGGGGAUGGUGAUGGUUUUUACGUUGGUCAGUGCUGCUCAGGAGUGGCUCAAUGUCCAGUGGGACAAUAUCAAACUCCAGAGAACAGAGAGGGCUGCCAGGAAGCUCGUCGAGGAGGAAGAGGCCGAGAGAAAACGAUUUGAGGGCACGAGAGUUACAGUUGAGACAUUUAUGAAUUGGAAAAAGAAAUUCGACGAGGAAAUGGGACACACCAGACGUCGAGAGCUAGCUCUUCUUCAGGGAAAGAAAUUGACAGGACGAGAACUCUUCAUGACAGAUAAUACAUUGAACCAAUCUGAUCUCAAGUUCCUGGAUGAUGGGGACGCAGUGAAAGUCGACGAGAGUCUCUUCCAGAACCUCGACGAUCUCGACCUCGACGACAACGACGACGACGACCCCGAUUACGAUCCUCUCAAAGACUCCGGAGACAGCAACUAAAAAAAAUCAGGCUGGAGUUCUGGAAUUGAUUCUUUUUAAAAAAGAUAUUAUUAUAUGUAAUAUAACGAUCUAUUUGUGUGUUUUUUUAUUCUCAAUAGCUGAAUAAUUAUGUA